CCCGACCACCACCGCGUCGAGCGCGUUCCCCGAUGUUGAGACGCGGAAACAAGUCGCACAAGGUCCCCAAUGUCAAACUACGACCCGCUGCCCCCCAGCCGCGCAGGGACCCGGAAUGCUGGGUGCAGGAGACGCAGCCGCUGGGCAGCGACGACGCGCCGAUGACCGAUACGUGCCCGAGACCGUUUGCGGGGAUGGUAUUUUGUGCCACUGGGACGCUCGAUAAGAUGUCUCUGUUCAAAAAAGCAACGGAGCUGGGCGCGAAGUCGACGCAUGCGUUCACGGACAAGGUCACGCAUUUGAUAGCCUCGGGGCAUGGCGGGGCGAAGUAUAAUUGCGCACUAGAACGCAGGAUACCCAUCCUCAAACCGACCUAUGUGACGGAGAACUACGAAGUGUGGCUCCGCGGGGACGACGUGGAUGCGGUCGGGAGCAUCGACGACCACCGGCACCCCAUCUUCGACGGCGUCGUCGUCUGCGUCUCGGGCAUCGACGACAUCGACCGGCGCGUCGAGAUCAACAAGCUCGUGAACGCGCACGGCGGGUCCUUCCGCAAGGAACUCCAGCGGCCAGUGGAUGUCACGCAUUUACUCUGCGCGGGCGGCGAGACGCAUCCAAGCGCGGGCGGCGAGGCGCAUCAAUGCGCGGGCGACGGGCCUCAUCCAUGCGCGAACGGCGAGACGACGAGCAAGACGCCCUACGAGCCGACGGACAAGAUGCACUACGCGGAGAGGUUCAACCAGCGCGGGGAGACGGACAUCAGGCUCGUCUGGGAGGAGUGGUUCUGGGACUGCCUCGCGUUCGGCGGCCACUUUGACGAGGAGCGGUACCUGGUGAAGCGCCAUCCGAGACCGGAGAGGCGGCGACGCCCGGUGGAGGCGGCGCCGCAACCUUCCGUACCGGAUACCACCACUACGCCCCACCAGUCGCAGCCUGCGCCGGCGACGGAGCGCGCAUACACCGAGCGCGCAUAUACCGCCCGCGCAUAUACCGACCUCUCGCGGCGCCCAACGACAAACAAGGACGACCGCGUCCCUACCGACCGGAAGGACGACCGCGUCCCCACCGACCGGAAGGACGACCGCGUCCCCGCCGACCGGAAGGACGACGACGCGGAGCUCUCGGACGAGGAGACGGGGCGGGUGAACACGAACUUUACAGCCUUGUGCAUCUGGGAGAGCCUGCUGAAGGUGCGCGGGUACACGAUCGACAAUAACCGGAUGGUGCGGAGUCCGGGGAAGGCCGGCUCGAGCUCGACAGGCAAGGCUGGUAGCUCGACGGGGAAGGCGCGAGAAGAGCAGCCGUCGACAACCGGGAGCGCGACGACGAUCAGUAGCGCGACGAAAACUUCCAAGCAGCAAAUCCAGCGUCGCACGACCGGCGAGGACUCCGAUAUUGACAUGGACGACGGUCAUGGGGAGGUCGCGGGGGGCAGCGGUGGGGUCGCGGGGGGCAGCGUCCUGUCGACCCUCCGCGGCUUCCGGAAGCAGAACUCGUUCGUGGUGGGGAAGGAGCCGGCGCGGGUGGUGGGGAGGGAACCGGCGAGAGUGGCGGCGGGGUCGUUUUCCAAGCGCGCGUCGGAAAGCUCGUUCUCGAGGCGGGAUAGUUCGUUUUCAAGGCGGGAUAGCGCGUUCUCGAGGCGGGAUAGUGCGUCCUCGACCAGGCCAUCAACGCCCGAGGUUCAGAAGCCCGUCGCCUCAGGCUCGCAGGAACGUGUGGCAUCUGGCUCGCAGCAACCCAUUGCCUCCGACUCACAGCAACCCAUCGCCUCCGGCUCGCAACCCACCACCUCCGCCUCCCGACCGCGCAAGUCGACCAACUUCUCCGCUGGGAAGUCGCCCAACUUCUUCGCCGGGAAGCGCUUCGCGCUCAUCGGCGAGGCCGACUCGCCCGCGGUGCGCAGCGCGCUGGCGGGCGCGGGCGGCCUGAUGUGCGCCGAGCUGGACGCGGAGGCGGACUUCAUGAUCGUGCGGCUGGCGGAUUUGGGGCGGGUGGUCGGGCUGUCCCACGCCCGCGACCGCCUCCGCACCGAGUGCUGGGUGGAGAAGUGCAUCUGCGAGAAGCGGAUAUGCGAGCCGGGCGAGCAUCUGACGUUCGCGCCGCUCAAUCCGAGGCUGUUUCCGAUUAAGGACACGUCGCGGAUUGUGCUCAGCUUCUCUGGGUUAGACGAGGCGGAGGCGUGCUGGAUCCGGCGACUGCUGAGGGCUAUUGGGGUCACGCAUGCGCCCACAUUCACUCGCAGGACUACGCAUCUGCUGUGUCCCUCUCGGGAGGGAAAGAAGUUCGAGAAGGCGCCGGAGUGGGGCAUCGAGGUUGUGGGUAUGGAGUGGCUGCAUGCUAUCGCGCGCGAGGGGCGGGUGCCUGGGAAGGUGUCAGCGUCGGGAUCAGCCAUUGGCAAGGGCAAGGGGAAGGGUAGGAUGGGGGAUGAUAUUACGAGCGAGACGACCAACAUUCCGGUCGCUGGCUCUCGUGCGCAGGCGAUGUCGACGCCAUUGUUCCGCAAUGGAUCGUUUGGGACGCCUGAGUUGCUUAUCCCCACGCCUAACGACUCCUUUGGUCAGCCCAACCUGCUCAUUCCGACCAGCGACGCGCCGUCGAACGCCCCCGGUGCGUCAACAAGUAACGCCGACGUGUCAACCGUCAACGCCGAUAAUGGGCAUGUAUCGUCAUCUGCUACGCCCUCGCCUAUGAAGGUCGGCGGCUCGUACUCGCUUGGACAUAUACCAUCUCCCGCGAAAUCGACCACCGAGUCCCCCGAGGAACCCCCCGAUACAUCCCCCGCCAAGCUCACUUCGCCCUUCGGCUCACCCUCGAAGAACCGCUCGCCGAUGCGGCGCAAGCGCUCGUCGGGCUCGCUAUCCCCCGCGAAGAUGGCGCCUGGGCUGCAAGCGAGCAUCGCCACGCUCCUGGGCAACGGCAAGCGCGGCGCGGAGGCGGAGGGCGGACCCAGGAAGCGUCCCAGGCCCGAAUUUCGUGCGAGGGCGGCAGCGGCGGGGACGCCGAGCCCGCCGCCGGAGGAGUCGUAUGCGCCGCUGGAGAUGGGGGAGGAGCAGAGUUUGAGGGUGGUGUAUGCGGAUGUGGUGGAGAGGGAAAGGGAGGAGAGGGAAAGGGAGGAGCGGGAGAGGGAGAGGGAGAGGGAGAGGAGGGCAUUGGGGGCGAGGGCGGAGGCGGUGAUGAAGGGUGCGGCGGGCGCAGUGAAGGUUGCGAAGAGCAAGCCUGUGGGUGCUAAUAGUAGGAAGAGGGUGUCUGCUGGAGGGCGGUAAUAGCCGCUUCUGGUACUUACAUGUUUGGGGUGUAUCUAGGGGAUCAUGUCUAGAAAGGAACACUAUGGAAGACAUCGCAUGAUGCUUUCAAAUCGGCC